CUUCCGGAAACCGUCCCUGACGGAAUAUUGAGAUUGUGUCAAAACGAUUUUGGGAUAUUAUUUGAUCAUCAUGGCUUACUCACCAUGACUGCGUCACUGCAUUUAUGUAGAUGAUGAUACGAUUUCUAAUCAGAUAACGCUCCGGUGUCAUGGGGUGUAUUUUCUCACACGUUCAAGUCUUAUUUUCAAAGUCCGGAGACCAAAAAGAAACAUCCAUGUUCAGUCGAAAGAGUCGCAGUCGAGAGGUCCUGCUUCAGUCGCAGACGAGCACUAUCAUCACCCCAGCCAAACAACGCGGAGGAGGAUCUAGCAAAGUGCCGUACUCGUCUCUGGAGGAACCCAGUGGGGAAAUAACUUUAGAGGAUGCGGUUUCUCGGAGAGAUAAAGAACUUUUACAACGAUUAAUCUUGACACGUGCGUUCCAGCCCGCACCGUUUGACAUACACGAAAAGAAAAAGAACAAUCCAGUAGAAUUGGCUUGUAAACUGGGGUUUACGGACAUUGUCGAAGUUUUUCUUGAUAAUGGCUGCAGUCCAAACCUACCAACAUCUCAAGGAAGAUUAAUUCAUUCUGUUCUGGAGGGGAUGAAGUGCGAGUCCAUAUCUCUAGAAAGUGGACGCAGGCUAAUUCAGUUACUUUGUGACAGUGGGUGUGAUGUCAACAUCAAUGAUGUUCGAUAUACAUCCACACUGAUGUACGCAUCAGAACUUGGAGAUACAGUCGUGCUGGACAUUAUUCUACGGCACUGUUCCACAUCACAACUCAGCUAUCAAUGUGGGGGGAGUUCGUAUACGCCUCUCCACAUGUCAACAAUGAGAGGGGAUUCUGAGUGUGUCCGACAACUGUUGAAAUUUUCCCCAAGUAAACAUGUGAAUAUUCGUGACCACUAUGGUAAUACUUCGUUAGUCCUUUCACUAAAAACGAUGGAAAAUAAUUUGAAGUAUUUAAACUCAGCAAGGAGAGACAUGGACAGUGACAACAAUGCAAAACGGUGGCUUAAGGAAAAGGAAAAAUUACUCCGGUUUCAACAUUGUUCAGUGUCUAUUGUAGAAAGUUUGCUCUUAGCAGGUGCAGAUGCAAAUAUGAAUUGUCGAGAUGGUCUUGGAUCCCCUCUACUUCAUGCCCUCUAUCUGUGUAGGCUGGAUGAAACAAAUGGAUUUCAGGAUGAGUCGGGCGGUCAUGGGCAUGAAUUUACCAACACAAUGCAUUUAGUUUCAACGGAAAAGAUUCAGAACUUGGAAAGAAUUAGUACAGACUCCAAUCAUGAACCACAGGAAUUUUCAGUUGUUGGACAAGAAACUUUCUCUUUAUAUGCUGGCGUUGUACGCUUACUCAUGCUCUCAGGUGCCGAGAUUAACACACCGAAAGAAACUCUUUUCACAAGAUACCCGUCACUUACUCCUUUGCUGGAAGAAAUCUUUGAGUUUUGGACCAGGUACCAACAUACAAAGCCACCAAAGUUGAUGCAUCUUGCAAAACAGACUGUGCGGAACCAUUUGGCGUCAUUGCAGAAACUUCAUGAACUUGAUAAACUCCCACUUCCAGAGAGAUUGAAGAACUAUGUACAACUAAACUGCUUGUAACCAUGGUAACAUACCUUGUGGGUUCUUACGAUAUUAUGUUAGGAAUAACUUAAUAUGGGUUAUAUUUGUCAACUUGAAAUCAGACUGCACUGAACGCACUUAGCUUUCUGAGGGAAUAUUAAAAGAAUGUUUUGAAACAAACAACAAGAAAAACAACUUUUCAUUAUAUAUUUUGUAUUUCAUGUAUUUAUUUAUUUUUCAUACACUUACCAUGUGCUUACCUGGACAUCAUUUACAAUUGUUUUUUAAAUGGUUUAAUCAAAGCUUGACAAAAUUGACAUUUUCAAAUUACGUUUGAAUCUAACAAUGCUGCUGUGGUGCUAUUCUAGUGUGCUAAUGAUGAAUGUACAUACUUUGCACUCACAUUUACACACUGCAGUCAAAAUAGACUGUGCACUAAUUGUGCACUGAUAUCUGUCUUUCUAGUUUUACCUACACCUACCUGUAACGCAUGCAUCAAAGACACAACUAUUUCAUAGCUAUGAGAAUGCAUAUUAGUUCCAUGAACUAAUUCCUUAGCUCCCAAAUGUGAUGUAUAUGGUAUACAUAGUAUACAUGGUUUAAGUUGGAUUUUACUGCUGUUAUACAUACAUGUGUAUACAGAUAUGGCUGUCGUUUAGCAGGAAUAGUGCUGCAUCACCAUAUCACACACACACACACACAUGCAUGGCAUAUUUAGCAAGAAAGACAAUCUUAAUCUUAGCAUGCAGAGCAAGGGAUGUUUUUAGAAUAAUUAUUUUCUGUUUUAUUUCAAAAUUAUGUUUUACAUCUCGUGUUGACAAGUUUAAUUAGUGUCUGUUUUCAGGAUGCUUUUUUAGAAUUGUUAAAUCAUUUGAUGUCAGAGAUGUUGUCAUGCACUACCUGUCAUCGGGAUGACACGAUUCGCUGUGCAGAGUCCCUUGGGCAUGCCAGAAACCUGUGAUUGUGGGUUCGAAUCCCGGUUCGCCCCAAUUAUGUUUUUAGGUUUGUCAGCACCGUACCCAUGCUGGGUUUCACCUAAGUGAUAAAAGUCUGAGACCUGCAUCACUUUGGGCUUUCCUCCCAGCAUUAAGCUGACACGCCGUGAUAUGACUGGAAUAAUGUUAAAAGCGCCGUUAAACCCAACUCACUCACUCACUACCUGACAUCACUUGUCAUCUCAGUAUCCCAUCAUGUCUUUAGAUAGUACCGUAUUCGACGUAAUAAGCGCCUAGGGCGUUCUCAAAAUUGGAAAUAGGGGGCUCUUAUUAGAACAUAAUUUUGGUGAGAAGAAAAACAGAGUUGAAAGAUCGUAAAUUUCGUGGCUUAUGCUGAUAGCCUGAAAUGAUACAAUAGAAAAGUCUGUGCGUAUCAUACACGACAGAUAUAUUUUUCAGAAUUUAAUUGCCCAUAAUUAAGGGUGCAUUAUAACACACGAGCGCAUAUUAAAGACGAAUAAAUAAGUGUACAUUGAUCAAUCGGAAGGGGUGCUAAUUGGGAUUGUUCACCAGCCAAUAUAUUAGCAAACAUCGCCGUGGGGGCUUAUUAGAGCAGGGCGCUAAUUACGUCGAUUACGGUAAUUGGAAAUACAGUUAACUACAUUUAUAACGAACACGCUCAUAAUGAACUGAGGUAUAUACCAAACUAUUCUUUUGUACCCGGCCAUUUGCCAUAUAAUUUAUCAUAUAAAGUUGAUGGAUAUAACGAACACGCUCAUGACGAAAUGACGGAUAUAGCGAACUCACCUUGUGGUCCCGUGCAUACUCUGUCAUCGUUAAUAAUUAAGUUUAUAACGACCUGUUUAUCCCUGAGCUGAGCUCCUUGCGUGUCACCAAUCUGCCAUCAAAACAUCCGCGCAGCUGUUCAAAGUGUCAAUAAACAAUUGAAGGUAUUUGAUUUACUCUUAAGUACUGACACCUUGUCCUCCAUUUACACCCUCAAUUAACAAUAGUAAUUGAAGUGAUUGAAGUGGAUAUAUUCUCUACAUGUACAGUCCACACUUUUGUUAUUUAUCGAGUAACAUGAUGUCACAUGACAUGAUAAUAGAUGUCUGAUGGUCGAAAUGCGUAUAACAAACGACGGAUAUAACAAACUAAACUUAGUGGUCAUUUUGAGUUCGUUAUGAUUUUAGUUUACUGUAUGUUAUCAAAGGUUUUAACAUUAAAAUCAGCUGAUGUUAGGCUGUAACAGUGAUCAGUGAGAGACAUCUGGUCAAACCGACAGCCAAACUAGUCAGUGUUUCCUGUUAAUCUGGAGAUAUGUCUCAUAACUGCAGGGAAAUUUUAAAGGUCAAGUAUACCAAAAGAUAUGGUCCAGGAAGAUGAAUAAACUAAGUAUAUCAUCAUCAUCAUCAUCAUCAUCAUCAUCAUCAUCAUAUAAGUCCUUUUGCUCAGAUUAGAAUCGCCGCCUCCGUGGUCUUGUGGUAGAGUGUCCGCCCGGAGAGCGGAAGGUCCGGGGUUCGAUCCCCGGCCGCGUCAUACCAAAAGACGUUAAACGAUGGUACUUGUUGUUACCCUG